UCAAGAUGGCGGACGAAAUGUUAAAAWGAAUAGCUGGAUAAGUUUUGUUAGAAAACACUACUUUUGACAAUUMAAAACUGGACAGGUUUGUCCUGAAGUGAUCGAUUUUAAGAUGGCGGACUACGAAGAGGAUCARCGCAACGAGAUCGAGGCAAUAGAAUCGAUAUAUCCUGAAGAAUUUACAAGUAUUUCUGAAGAAAAACCYUUUUCAUUUAAAAUUAACCUCAAAACGACAAAAGAAAAGACAGAWGAUUAUCCAGAAAUCACAGUUAGUAUCGAUAUACAGUUUACAUUGGUCGAGACAUACCCUGAUGAAGUUCCUCUAAUAGAAGUCUCAGCCCUGGAAGGGAUUAAUGAUGAAGAGGCUCAGGAAAUUGAACAACAGUCAUUGAAAGAGGCUGAAGAAAACCUAGGAAUGGUGAUGGUAUUCACAUUAGUGUCCUCAGCUCAAGAAAAAAUCGAAGAAUUUGCAGAAAACAUAAAAAAGAAAAUAUUAGACGAGAAACGUAGGAGAGAAAAAGAAGAAGAGGAAAGAGAGAACAAAAAAUUCACUGGAACUCCUGUCACAAAAGAAAACUUCUUAGCUUGGAGGGAGAAAUUUAAUGCAGAUGUUGCUGAAAGACGGAGGCAAAAUCAAAAUGUUGUUUUAAUACCAAAGUCAAAAAGAACAG